UGAUAAGCGUGUGAAGGCCACCUCAUAAAUAUGACAAGGGCCUCUGUAGUGUAGUCACGUGUAUAUGACCAUUGUAAUGGAGGAGAAGUACAUCCUUGUGUUCCUCUCGGUUCUUAUGUCCUGUGGGGCAACGGAUCGCCCCAAUAUUGUCUUCAUAGUUGCAGAUGAUUUGGGAUGGAACGAUGUUGGUUUCCGAAACCCAAACAUGAAGACUCCGAACAUUGACAAACUGGCUACAGAGGGGAUCAUCUUUGAGAACGCCUAUGUCCAGCCUUAUUGCAGCCCGUCUCGCACAGCCUUCAUGAGUGGAAUGUUUCCAUUCAAGGUGGGCAUGCAGCACAAAGUUCUGAGCAAUGUUCAGCCCGCAUGUGUGCCCCUCAACUACACCUUCCUGCCACAAGAGUUGAAGAAACUCGGAUACGCCACCCAUAUGGUCGGCAAAUGGCACCUGGGUUUCUGCAAAUGGGAGUGCACACCUACGUACAGAGGGUUUGAUACGUUCUUCGGCUACUACGCUGCUGAGGAGGACUACUUCAAUCAUAGCAAGGGUGCCUAUUUAGACUACCGCGAUAACGAACUUCCCGCUUGGAAUUACAAGGGAGAGUAUUCAGCUUAUACAUUCGCCCAGAAAGCUGUUGACAUCAUCCACCAACACGACGUCUCUCAGCCUCUGUUUAUGUACCUGCCCUAUCAGAAUGUACAUGCUCCUAUUGAGGUUCCCGAAAAGUACUACAACAUGUACCCUCAUGUGAUAAACCGUGGCCGCAGGACAUUUUCAGGAAUGGUGUCUGCCCUCGAUGAAGCAGUUGGGAACGUCACGAAGGCACUUAAGGAGAAGGGGUUGUUUGAAAACACACUCAUUCUGUUUACAACUGAUAAUGGCGGUCCUCUGGAAAAUGAUGCCAACAACUGGCCCCUGAGAGGGGGGAAGCACACAAUCUGGGAGGGAGGCACCAGGGGGACUUCCUUCAUGUAUGGCACCGGACUGAAGAAAACCAAGACAACGUAUAAUGGAAUGAUGCAUGCUGUAGACUGGAAUCCCACCUUGGUGUCCGCAGCUGGUGGCACUCCUGCAAAAUCCAACCCUGUUGUAGAGACGACAAUCGAUGGGAUAACCCACUGGGAAUCUAUCAGGAAUGGCCUUCCGUCAUCAAGGACCGAGUUUAUAUACAAUCUUGACGACUUUGAACCUGCAACGGAAGGACAUGCUGGGAUAAGGGUUGGUGACUACAAGCUGAUACUGGGCUACCCAGGGGGACCUGAUGGCUGGUACAAGCCUAAGAACAGCACACCGGGGGACAUUUAUGACAACAUCAUAUAUUAUAAGGGCGAUAGCCCAGUGCGUCUCUACAACAUACGUGAGGAUCCCACUGAGCAUAACGACCUGGCAGCACAGAUGCCGGACAUUGUUGACAAACUGAGAGCCCGGAUUGAUGACUACCGGAAGCAGAUGGUCCCCGCCCUUUUCCCUCCUCCUGAUCCUGCAUCGUUCCCCAAAAACUUUGGCAACGUCUGGAGCCCGGGAUGGUGUUGAUCUUCGAUUCAGUUAUAUCAAUUAAAUUUUAACAAUUUUGUUUGAACUUCAUUUGAAAACAUAGACUGUAACAAUGUGUUGGUUGAAAUUCAUUUUGUGUUUGUAUCACAUGAAAAAUAAACGAGUGUCAGUUUCCA